AUGACGACUCUGCAAGGCAUGACCCAGGAAGACCAAGUCUUCGAACAGUGUCUGCGGGAUUUCAAGCGAGAGUUUUACAGCCGGGAAAGUCGUCUGGAUGCGCAUAUGAAGGAAGCGAAGAGGAUCAUUGAAUCCGGUAGAGGGAACAUUCCUGGUCUCAGCAAAGGAUUCAAUGUCCGGCACUUUCCUAUCAGCGCCAGACGAAAAGAAGACAACAAAGCUCUGAGAACCUUGCGCCGACGACAGAAAGAACGUGUUCAGCUCAAAACUCUAAGAGCUAGAGUCAUGGCCCGCCGGGUCGAGACUGGCCAACACGACGCCUGGGAAAGCUACUGCAGAAGAUGGAACAUGGAGGACAAAAUCAACGAAGUGAUCCCGUUCACAGAUAUGGACGAGGAUUGCCGCAUUGAUGCAAUGUUUGAUGCCAUGCCUGACCUUGCGGGGCUUCGUAUCUCCUUGUACUUCCCAGGAGAUGUCGAUAAAGUCAUUGUCUUCCUCAAGGAUAACUUUGAGAUUGUCCAGGGCCCGAGUCGAAAGGGGGGUCUCUCACGACAAUUCCAAACCAUCAGAAAGCUAGUGGAGCAGGAGGAGAACACGAAUAUACCCACGGGCCCCGAGCAAGGUGCCUUGAUGAAUGGAGCCAAUCAGGACCAUUCCUGGCAAUCAACAUUCGCUGGCUACAAGGCAACUCAUGUCAUUGUUCGGAUGAAAGAGGGUUAUCAUUUCGAUGAUUUUACGAGAGGAGACAAGCCUACGAAUAUUGAGAUCCAAAUUGGGAGCAUCAUCAUGCACGCCUGGUCCGAUAUUGAGCACGACAUUCUUUACAAGCCCUCCGAAGGCGAAACAGUAUCUGACGAUGUGACUCGCAUGCUGGAUCUUAUCAACGGUAUUGUCAUAACCGGGGAGGUUGCGCUCCAACAACUUGGUGCCGUUGCUGCCUCGGAAGCCAACGCGCGUGAGCAAGAGAGGAAGAAAGAAGCACAAGACUUUACCUACCUCCCAGUAUGGCUCGACAACUACUUUGCAGAUAAACCCAACACCAAACAUUUCAAGCGGGACUAUGAAUGGAGCGGUACAAGAUGCCUCCAUCUUCUUCUCAAAGCUUCGAACAAUCACAAUUUUGGAAGACUGGAACAGCUGCUGAACAGUAUGGAAGAUGUAACUCCAGAUGCUUCCCUCCCCCUCAGGAUUCAGGCUCUUUUGGGUGCCGACCAGUGGCCGAUAGAGCACACCAAUCUCUGGACCAAACAUAAUGAUUCAGCACUACAACUCGCGUGGACUGCAAGAUACUGGGUCACAUGUCUGAACCACACUGCGACUAUGGCACUUUUUCUUGGGCGCCAGAGUUUGAUUACUCAAUACUUACCAUCUCGCUCAAACGAAUUUUUGAGCGAGUUCGGGAAGGCCAAAAAUACUUUGCCAACGUUUGCAGAAUAUCUGGACAUUUUGCAUCCCCGGUACCCUCACUACAAGCGAGACUUGAGCAGGACGAUGAUGAUCAUUGACUUUUGUCAAUACUUGCUGAAGUCAAUCAUUCCUACUGACACGAUCACUGAUCAAAUUCAUUAUAAUGCGCUUCAUAUCACCAAAGCUGGUUAUGUUGCGCGACCACGCCUUUCGGAUGAGGAGGAACGGAAUCUGAGCGAGGACACCGUCGUUGUAUCAUUUCUGUUGAAGUGGCUAACCCCCGAACCUUCUGUAUUUGUCGGUUUGGCAAUUUCCGAGGUGGACCCGGACCUCAAGUGUGGCAGCAAUGAGAGCACCUCCCAAUUAUUCUUCGUGCCACAAUCUUCAGCCGACGAUGACUUCACAUGGAAAGCCACGAAGGCUCGCCAAAUGGGUCUCUUUGAUGUCAACAUGGUCACGUUCGACAUGAACUCCUCUUUGAAGUUCGGAGUCAGAAACGCCAUAUGGACCCAGCACAUCUGCGAGCUACUUGGAGCCGACCUGACCAAUGUCCAAGCUUUGAAUGAUUUGGUUUACGCAGAAAAGGGGCUUGCACUAGCUGGUCCUAGGCAAUCAACUGACUGGGCAACCAUAUGGCCACUCAAAGGUAUAACCCUAUCACUGGGCACUGUGGAGAAAGAUAGGGUUGCUGAAUUUCUCGACGUAUCCCGGAGACUUGGUGUCAAAGGGCCACUGGCCAAUCGCGUACUGGCCACUCAAGUGAAGGCAUUACAGACGACAGACACUGGCCAACUGGAAGUUUUCCGAAAACUUGCUCAGAGACUUAAGGUUGAGGAUUUGAAGGAGCAGGAGGACCUGGCCAAGUUGUUCCCAUGGAUGUGUAGCUUAAAUGAACAAGACGUCAUGGAAAAGUGGGAGUCUGCAAAGAUGCUCGGGAUCUAUGACUCUGAAGAGCUUCAAGAAAGGUUAAAAAGUCACGUGCUCGAAGGGCUUGAAGGGAUUGUGGAAUAG